AUGAAUCGCACCACGUUCGUUUCCAACUUGACAACGUCAAGUCCCAACACGUAUGCCGGGAAGGAUGAAGGUGGCGCAUCCAGUGAAUGGCUUGUAACUUUACAGUACACCAUUUUUGCGGCAAUAUUUGUCGUCAGCGUCUUUGGAAACACUCUUGUGUGUCUAGUCAUUGCACGGACUCCGCGCAUGCGUACUACCCGCAACUAUCUGCUGGUGAACCUCGCCGUUGCUGACUUGACUGUAGCUCUGCUUUGCAUACCGUUUGAAGUUGUUAUCAAACUGACAUCACCCCGCUGGCUCCUAGGUCCUGUUAUGUGCAAGUUACUUUGGCCCACUAUGACGUCAGUAACCACGUGUUCAUCAGUUACACUUGUAGCCAUCAGUUAUGACAGGUGAUAAAGACAUUUAUACAUCACACAUAUUUUCCAUUAUGAUUUCAUCGUCCACCGGUUCCUCUUGGUAACAAAUUUUUUAAGGUUAAAUCAAGAAGAGGCAAGGCAAUUCAGUUUUUCAACGUGAUAUUCUACAAGAAUCUCGUGUUUUUAGUAGAUAUGUUUAUAUAUUUGUAUAAACUUAACUUGCUGACUAUGCUAUGGUUACACUAACACAAGAAUUACGAAAAAUGGCAUAAGGUUAUCAAAAAUAGACUUUUAACAAUAAAUAUUAUAAAACAUUUUACAAGAUAUACUUUACUUACUUUUACUUACUAGUAAUUAAGGUUAAAGUCAAUUUUGCUAAAACUCUCGCGAACUCUCGAUUUUAAAUAACGUAACCCAACUAUAACUCCCUUUCAACACAUUCAAGGUUUCGGUUGGUGAUUACAAUGACAGAGUUUGCGUAUCCGCUCAAUAAGGCCUCUGAAACAUUUUAAUCCCAAAAGUGUGCUGCACAUGGGGCUGCCAAACGAUCCACUCAAAGACUGAGACGAGAAGCACUCACAUUUUAGUAUGUACCGUGUUUACUCGAAUAAGCGCCGCCCCGAUAAGCGCCGCACAUGCAGUGGAAAAGUUAAUCAGAGCGCCGCCCUAGAAUAAGCGCCGCACCGGAAGCACGAAAAAUUAAAUAAGCGCCGCAGUGCUUGUUCGAGUAAAUACGAGAAUUGGCUUUCUAAUAUUUCAGAUUAACUCAAAUAUAGCUGUUUUGGCCUACCAAGGCAAAUAUUAAAUUAUAGUUAGUCUUUUUUUCUGUCUUUUCUUAGAUACCGAGCAGUUGUGUAUCCCUGGAAGCCUCGAUUCACUGCACAGCAAACAGCAAUUAUCAUCGGCAUUACUUGGUCUGUGUCCUUUGUUCUGGUGAUCCCUUAUCUCCUUGUGCUGGAGAUGAAAAACGGCUACUGCCAAGAAGUGUGGCCCAGCGAUGCAGCUAGAGCUGCCUACACUCUGGGACUCUUUAUAACUCAAUUUAUCAUCCCUAUGACAAUUAUUGCCCUUGCCUACAGUAAAGUCGUUUUGAAGUUGCGAAAUCAGGCUUUGCGCUUUGCUAGAAAGGCUGACGUCUCGAAAAACCCCUCAACACUCACAGUUCCUUCGAGUUCUCUUCUGGCUCCGGAGUUACCCAGUGAUUUUCCCUCGGUAUCAGAAUCACCAGAUAUUGAAAGAAAAUCGACCAUCGUGCCAAGUCAAGCUCGGCUAACCUUCUCACCUCGAAGCCCCGCAGCUGCUCCUCGUAAAAUGAUGCAGCGACUGGAACGAAAUACUAAAAUUGUCAAGAUGCUCGUAGCAGUGGUUCUUCUCUACGCAAUAUGUAUGUUGCCCAAUCAAAUUGUUUGGCUAUGGAUCGAGUUUGGAUCAGGACAAAGAUCACGUUAUCUCAAAGAACUUCUUACUCUAGGUAGUACCAUGGUAUAUCUUAACAGUUCCGUUAACCCCGUUCUGUAUGCAGGGAUGAAUGGAGAGUUUCGCUCUGGUUUUCUUCGCCUCUUACGUUGUCGUGGCGCAAGAGGAAACUUCAUUUAA